AUGGCGUCGGUCGUACCACUGAAGGGGAAGAGACCCGUGGAUGUCAAACUAGGGGAGCUGCCAGGCUGGAUACUGAUGCGGGAUUUCCCCCCUGGAGGCAUUGCUGGGGCAUUUCAAGGAGGUUGCUAUUGGUAUUACAAGUGUGUCAGUGUGAAGAAAGGGAAUGUUGCUGGAGUUUCGAUGGUGCUGGCAGCUUACGAGCUUUUUAACUACUGCUGUUCUUAUAAGGACCCCAAACAUGACCCUUAUCUUUGCACAGCACCUUUGAAUCUUUUCAUGUUGGAAUCAACGCCUAAUAAAAGACUCAACCAUCGCCUGUAA